AUGUCCUCAAGAGUGACAGGGAGGAUAACAUGGCGACCACCUUUCACUGUGCCACCCGUUGGCUUGGCACACGUUCAGUCCACCGGUAAGAUAUAUUACAUUGACCUCCCUGUCCUCAAUAAAGACGAGCAGUUUGUGAGAGGGUCUGGACCUGGUGGUCAGGCGACCAACAAAACCAGCAACUGUGUGGUGCUCAGGCACAUCCCAAGUGGCAUUGUCUAACACAGGGAUUGGCAAUCCAGUCCUCGGGGGCCUGAUUGGUGUCACACUUUUACCCCAGCCCCAGCUAACACACCUGCCUCUAAUAAUCAACUAAUCAUGAUCUUCAGUUUAGAACGCAACGAGUUUAAUCAGCUUUAUACAACAACGGGUGGGUCUAAUCCUGAAUGAUGAUUGGUUAAAACCGCAUUCCAGACAGUGUCUAUUCCACAAAUUACCACCGGCUAAAUCUAUGAAGGUAAAAUGCCUAUUUACUCUGUUCCAUCUGACUGCGCAAUCAACUGUCUCAUCAACCCAGCCAGGCAAUUGAUAAACUUGAUCUCCGCUAUAAAAAGCAUCUAGACAUUAUCUGACAUUUCUUUUAGACUAACAUUUAGUUUUCAACAGCUGAGAUUUGUAUAAACUUUGCUGUCUGUCUCUCUGACAUUUGCAACAUUGUUUCAAUAUUCAAAUUCGAUCUCCAGCUGUCACAUAGUAAUGAAUGUGUCGGGAAGAGACAGACAGGCAGCGUUUCUCAGCCAGUCGAGAUGUCUAGAUGCUUUUUAUAGUGGAGAUCAAGUUUAUAAAUUGCCUGGCUGGACUGAUGAGACAGUUGAUUGCCCAGUCAGAUGGAACAGAGUAAAUAGGCAUUUUAAUGUCAUAGAUUUAGCCAGUGAUCAUUUGUGGAAUAGACACUUGCUAAAAUGCGGUUUUAACCAAUCAGCAUUCAGAAUUAGACCCACCCGUUGUAUAAUUAAAUGAUAAUGGCCGAGAAGCCGAUGUUUGGAGGAUAUAUUGGCCAAACCGUUCCUCCAAACACCAGCUUUGAGGGCAUUAUAACUUUUAUACAAAGGGUUACCAACAUAUUCAAAUAAUGACUGACAUAUAUUCAUUAAAAACGUUAUUUUGAUGAAUUUAUUCAUACUAUUUCAUCCUUCCACAAGAUAUAGUCCAGACCCACCCAUUGUAUAAUAGUAAAUAGAUACGGGUAUUUUGCUCUAUGCGAUCCGAUCUGAAGCGCAGUUUAACGGUAGAACACUCACUUUUUCCAUUGACGUUUGUAGGCUACGAAUACUGUAAUGUCAAAUCUCGAGUAGCCUAGACAAUAUUUCAUUUGUAAACAUAAUACAUAUAAUCAUUGCACCUUUUCUGGCCAUGAUGAGUUCAUAUUCCCGAAGUAGCCAUACAACCAACAAAUUACCAGCUGGUUGAGAGAAUGCCAAGAGUGUGCAAAGCCGUCAUCAAGGCAAAGGGUGGUUAUUUGAAGAAUCUCAAAUAUAAAACAUAUUUUGAUUUGUUUAACACCUUUUUGGUUACUACAUGAUUCCAUAUGUGUUAUUUCAUAGUUUUGAUGUCUUGACUAUUAUUCUACAAUGUAGAAAAUAGUAAAAAUAAAGAAAAACCCUUGAAUGAGUAGGUGUGUCCAAACUUUUGACUGGUAGUGUAGGUAGAGGUAAAGUGACUAUGCAUAGAUAAUAAACAGAGAGUAGCAGCAGCAUAAAAAGAGGGGGUGGGGGGGACAAUGCAAAUAGUUCGGGUAGCCACUUGAUUAGCUGUUCAGGAGUCUUAUCACUUGGGGGUAGAAGCUGUUAAGAAGCCUUUUGGACCUAGACUUGGCGCUCCGGUACCACUUGCCUUGCGGUAGCAGAGAGAACAGUCUAUGACUAGGGUGGCUAGAGUCUUUGGCAAUUUCUAGGGCCUUCCUCUGAGACCGCCUGGUAUAGAGGUCCUGACGGCAGGAAGCUUGGCCACAGUUAUGUACUGGGCCGUACGUACUACCCUCUGUAGUGCCUUGCGGUCGGAGACCGAGCAGUUGCCAUACCAGACGGUGAUGCAACCAGUCAGGAUGCUCUCAAUGGUGCAGCUGUAUACAUUUUUGAGGAUCUGAGGACCCAUGCCAAAUCUUUUCAGUCUCCUGAGGGGGAAUAGGCUUUGUCGUGCCGUCUUCAAGACUGUCUUGGUGUGUUUGGACCAUGAUAGUUUGUUGGUGAUGUGGACACCAAGGAACUUGAAGCUCUCAACCUGCUCCACUACAGCCCCGUCGAUGAGAAUGGGGGCGUGCUCGGUCCUCCUUUUCCUGUAGUCCACAAUCAUCUCCUUUGUCUUGAUCACGUUGAGGGAGAGGUUGUUUUCCUGGCACCACACAGCCAGGUCUCUGACCUCCUCCCUAUAGGCUGUCUCAUCGUUGUCGGUGAUCAGGCCUACCACUGUUGUGUCGUCAGCAAACUUAAUGAUGGUGUUGGAGUUGUGCUUGGCCAUGCAGUCAUGGGUGAACAGGGAGCACAGGAGGGGACUGAGCACGCACCCCUGAGGGGCCCCUGUGUUGAGGAUCAGCGUGGCAGAUGUGUUGUCACCUACCCUUACCACGGUGUUGAACGCUGAGCUAUAGUCAAUGAAUAGCAUUCUCAUGUAGGUGUUCCUUUUGUCCAGGUGGGAAAGGGCAGUGUGGAGUGCAAAAGAGAUGGCAUCAUCUGUGGAUCUGUUGGGGUGGUAUGCACAUUGGAGUGGGUCUAGGGUUUCUGGGAUAAUGGUGUUGAUGUGAGCCAUGACCAGCCUUUCAAAGCCCUUCGUGGCUACAGACGUGAGUGCUACGGGUCGGUAGUCAUUUAGGCAGGUUACCUUAGUGUUCUUGGGCAAAGGGACUAUGGUGGUCUGCUUAGAUAUAGGCCUACUGUUUUGGCCUAAUUCCAAUACUUCCAAAGUUUACCGCAAAUACAGUAUUAGUUCAUGAUGACUAUAACACAACCAAUCUUACAAUAUUACACAUGGAAAACAAGGAGAAACUUAGCAGUAUCCUUCCUGAGCCAUGGGCAUCUGAUGUAUGGGGUUAUUUUAUGUCCCCCAUAAGGGUUAAGUUUCCCAUUUAGGAGGUACUAUAAUCUGUCAAUUUUCUAUUUCUCAUACCUCUCUCCUAUUUUAGUGCCAUCAAACCAGAUCUGUGGACACAAACCUGAAAAGAGCUCGGGAGACAAUGAGGGAGAAUCGUGAGGUCACCUACAAGGGAGAAGAGCGCGACAUUAUGAAGAAUAAGAAGGAGUCAAUACAAAGGAAACAAGACAAGAGGAAAAGGGCAAAAGAGAAUUUGGAGAAGAAACUGUUCAAAGAGGCACUGUUGGCAGAUUCCAAACCAAGGGAUGAAAAGGAUGCAUGA